CAGCUUGGAGACAGAGGAUGAAUGGUGAAGUUCCAACCGAUUCCCACCGCUAGGAGAAACCUAUAGACCUGGAGAGCUUAAGCGAGAGCUUGCAACGCAGCAAAACUGAGUACUUGCGGUCUGUCUGAUGGAGCCUUCUCAUUCAGAUAUGCCACGCCCCGGAGGAAAGAAGUCUUAUGUGUGUGAUGUGUGUGGAUACGCUAGCUCCAAGCUAUGUGAUCUCAAGAAUCACGUGCGCACUCACACAGCAGAAAAGCCAUAUAGAUGUGACAUGUGUGAAUACAGCUGUGCUCAGUUCAAAACCCUCAAGAUUCCCAUGCGCACUCACACAGGAGAGAAGCCAUAUGCAUGCGAUAGGUGCGAAUAUAGGUGUUCUGGGUCAGAUCUGCUCACGUUACACAUGCGCACUCACACGGGCGAGAAGCCGUAUAGGUGUGAUUUAUGUGAACACAGGUUUGCUCAGUCUGGUGGUCUUAAGAAACACAUGCGCACUCACACAGGAGAGAAGCCAUUUACAUGUGACAGAUGUGAAUACAAGUGUACAACCUCUGGAGCACUUAAUACACACAUGAGAACACACACAGGGGAGAAGCCAUAUAGGUGUGAUAUCUGUGAAUAUAGUUGUUCUCAAUCCGGCAAUCUUAAGAACCACAUGCGCAUUCACACAGGAGAGAAGCAAUUUACAUGUGACAGAUGUGAAUACAAGUGUGCAUCCUCUGGUGCCCUCAAGAUACACAUGCGCACUCACACAGGAGAGAAGCCAUAUAGGUGUGAUAUCUGUGAAUACAGGUGUGCUCAGUCCAGCCAUCUUAGGAUACACAUGCGCACUCACACAGGAGAGAAGCCAUUUACAUGUGACAGAUGUCAAUACAAGUGUGCAUCCUCUGGUGCAAAGAUUCAAAUGGAAAAGUGGAAUGGUGAUGUCUUGGAUAUCAACAAAACUGUUGAGCGGUUAUGCCCCAGAAAGUGCAGCCAGCUUCUCGGUGUCCAUGCGCUGUCAGGCUGCGAUACAGUGUCGUACCCCUUCGGAAAAGGAAAACAGUCAGCACUCAAGCUCCUGGAGAUUGAUAUACCAGGUCUGGAUCAAGUGCUUGGAGAGCUUGGCGCGACCCAUUCUCAACUCAGAGCGACAGCAGACAGCUUCUUCCUUCCUCUCUACGGACAGAAGAGUUGUACGACAAUGAAUGAUGCACGUACUCGCCUCUACCGCAGCCAUAAGAAGCCGCCACAACUGAAAAAACUGCCACCGACUGACGUCAACCUGCAGCUGCAUGUGCUCCGAACUCACCUUCAGAUGCUACUGUGGAAGGCAGCGAACCAACGUGUACCACCUGAAGAAGCUCUACAUAUUACCAACUUUGGUUGGAGUAUCAAAGGCUCCACCAUCACACCGACCAUCUCAACAGCGCCAGUUGCUCCCCAAGCGCUCCUGGAUGUAACUAUUGCAAGUGCGAGGGAGGAGUCGCCUGUUGUAGUCAAUUCACGAAAAAUCAGAUGGACACCGAAGACAAUGAAGAAGAGCUAG